AUGUCGUCGCAAUCGCACCAACCCUCGCCGCCUGCCUCUCCAGGCUCGGGCAUUCGCCAUCAACCCACCGCUCCCUCCAGCGCGUACGAGGCCAACUCGAUGCGCUCGCCCGGGUACCCAUCGCCCCCUGCAUCACCGCCUCAGAUCGUGCAUGACGAUUCGACCUCCUCGACGCGCAAGGUGUCAGGCUCGGCCGUGCCUGCUUCUGUUUCGCGUACCGCGUCCACCUCAUCGCGCAACGCCUACGCCAACCAGCCCGCAGCAGGAUACACAAGCAUGACCAGUGCAGGUGCUGCCAUGCAGCAACAGCCUUCCUCUUCCUCGUCGGCCGGUUUCGCCCAGCACCCGCCCAGCAAGCUUGCUACAGGCGGUCAGUCGCACUCCCACAGGCCCGUCUCGGCCAUGCCCACGCCCACCGAGCAUUCCACCUCGGCUUCGCGUGCUGCUUCUUCUGCUUCCUCAGGCGCAUCCAACGUAUUCGCCAGCAUGAAUGCCAACUACACUGAACGCAGAGCCAGCGCUCACCCCACCAUGUCCAGCAGCCACCACGGCUCUUCGGCACCCGCUUCCUCGAUCGACCCCACAACCAGCCAGGCCAUCUCCUCGGGCAUUCCCAUCACCUCUCCGGCCGCCCUUUCCUACUUUGCUGCCCAUCCGCGUCGCCAGCAAGUCCACUUUGGCAACUACCUCUUGCUCCAAACCCUCGGCGAAGGCGAGUUUGGCAAAGUGAAGCUCGGCGUUCACAAGGAGUGGGGCGAGGAGGUCGCGGUCAAGCUCAUCAAGCGCGACAAGGUCGCCACCGAGGCUGCACCUCUCAACCUCGACGACACCGCCAACAAGGACCCCGCAAAGAUGACCAAGGUCGAGCGCGAGAUCCAAGUUCUCAAGGACGUCCGUCAUCCCAACAUCGUGCGUCUCUACGAAGUGAUCGAGUCGGAUCGCUACAUUGGCAUCGUCCUCGAGUACGCCUCGGGCGGCGAGCUCUUCGACCACAUCCUUGCUCACAAAUACCUCAAGGAGGAGCACGCCUGCCGUCUCUUUGCCCAGCUCAUCUCGGGUGUCUCGUACCUUCACCAGAAAAAGAUUGUCCAUCGCGACCUCAAGCUCGAAAAUCUACUUCUCGACCGCAACCGCAACGUAAUUAUCACGGACUUUGGCUUCGCCAACAAUUUCGAGGACAAACGCGAUGACCUCAUGGCCACCAGCUGCGGUUCUCCCUGCUACGCUGCUCCUGAGCUCGUGGUCCAAGACGGUCUGUACGCCGGCUCAGCUGUUGACGUGUGGUCGUGUGGUGUGAUUCUCUACGCCAUGCUCGCCGGAUACCUCCCUUUCGACGACGACCCGGCCAACCCGGACGGAGACAACAUCAACCUGCUCUACAAGUACAUUCUGGCUACUCCCCUGUCCUUCCCCGAGUACAUCACUGCCCAGCCGCGCGACCUGCUCUCCAAGAUGCUCGUCCCCGACCCGACGCGACGUGCCACGCUGGAGCAAGUCAUGCAGCACAGCUGGCUGCGCAACUACCGCGAGCUCUUCAAGUUUUCCGUCGACGACCUCGAGCGAGCUGCCAUGGAGCAGCAGACGAAGAAGCGCCAGAUGUAUCGCCAGCAGAUGCUCUACCAGCAGCAGCUGCAAGAGCAGCAGCGUCGCCAGCACAUGGAGCGCAGCCAGUCGGUUCGUCAAAACGUAUCGCACCUGCCCGUCGGCACCGCAUUCACUACCAAUACGGCCGUCCCCGCCAACGCCAGUGCGGCUGCUCAUCGACAGACGCUGCCUGUCAGCGCCACCGUGCCCAAUCGUCUCUACGAGCCUGUCGGCAGCGCGAGCCGCGGGGCUGAGUCUGGCACGACCGCUUCGCACUUCACAGCCGCGCCCACCCACACGGCUCCAGCUGCUGUUGCUUCGAGUGCUGUACUGGAGCCUACCGCGGUGCCGCUGCCCCGCGCCACUACACACAGCAAUGUCGCUGGCGUUGGUACUGUUUCUCUGGUGGAUCCAGUCACGGCGCUUGGCAAUGCUCGUGGCGAGCCGCGUACACGUCUCGACGACGGCGCCAACGCUGCUCUUCCCGCAUCACGCGAUUCCGAAGAGCGCAAAUCGGCUGCCCAAAAGGUGCAGCGUCACACCAUCCAGCUCGAGUACGGCGGCGAGGAGGCCAACCGCAAGGAGUCUGCCUCGACUGCGACCACUUCGCCGCCCGGCUCCCGUCAAGCUUCACAGGCGUACCGCAAGGUCAGCGCAAGCAGCACCGGCUCGAGGGCCACCGAGAGCGAGCGGGCACGCGCUGCAGCCGAAAAGCUGGCUGCCGCCGCCGUGCCACCUUCUGUUCUGCAGCCAGUGCCUGUCCAGGUUCCGGCCACAGCCGCUGUCGUCCCUGAUAGUGAAAAGGCUAUCGCCACCAAAGCGGAGCCGGAGAAACGCAGCGCUCCCGACAUGAUGCGUAACGUUUCUGCUAGCUCUGCGUCGCGCGUCUCGGUGCCACCCGUUAUCUUGGAGCAGAAUCAGGUACCCGCUUCCGCCAAUCGCACCACGCCGCCUUCUUCGGGCGCCAGGGUCCGCGUUCCGAGCUCGGCCAGUGUCCACGGCCGACAGAACCUCGAUGGUACUCGCAUUCCCUCUGGCACUAGCCAACGCGUCGUCUCCAGCCAGAGUAGCAACGCUGGCGAAGCUGUCGGAUUCCCGUCAGGUGCCGACUCCAUCGAGCGCGCCGGCAUGCCCUUGGUGGAUAGCUCUGCCAGCCGCAGCAAUGCCUCUCGUCCUGCCAACAGCGCCGGUGAUGCUUCAGCUGCCUCCAGCCGUCCUCCCUCGGCUACUCGACCUUUCGCUACCGACAAGGCAACUGCUGCAGCGACGCGCCAUCGCAAGGGCAUGUCGACCGACAAAUUUUUCCUCUCGCGCCUCUUGGGCUCCAACGGCGCAAACCAGACCAACGGUACCAGCACCACCAGUGAAAGGGCUUCUGCCAACGACGUGGAGGCUGCAGCCGACAAGAGCAAGAGGAGCAGCGUGUCGCGAACUGCUCUGGACCGCGCGCCCAGCUCUGGUGCUGCUACCAGGAGCAGCCGACGCAAGGCCAUGAGUCUUGUGGUUGGCCGCGCUGCUGGAGACGCAUCGCCUGCUGCCGCUGAUCGUGCUCGCGCCCUUGAAAGCAACGUACCACACUCUGCCACCGAAGCAUCGUUUCCUUUGCACACGUCAUCGCGCAGGAAGGAGAAUGCGUCCAACUCGUCUGAGCAGCGCGGCGCCGCCGCCGCCGCACAGAAGCAGCGUAAGGGGUCAGCCGGUUUCGAAGGUUCCGGCAGCCAGGCGCCGAGUUCUCGACCUGUCACUGGCAGCUCGCGUCCGCAGCCCUUGCAGCCGUCGCUUCAGCAACAGCAACAGCACGAUAAGACGUUCUACGACGGAUCGACCAUCGCAAGCACGUCGACUACCGGUCCCUCGAGUAAUGCUGCAAAGAAGGUCAUGGACUGGUUCCGAAAGAAGAGUCUUUCACGCGGUGCUUUCAACGAACAGCCACCGCUUGGCCCCUUCCAGAGAUUGCCCGCCUCCGCACAUAUCAACGGUACAGCGUCCAAGACCCCCUCGGUGAUCGUGACGAGCGCUCAGAACGGUACCAGCCGUCAUGCUGAAGCACAAACGGGCAGUGGCGAAGGAGCCAGCGGUGCUUCGUCGGUGCCCUCUUCGCGAUCCGCCUCGGGAACGCACAGCGAGACGAGCGAAGCCACUGAGCUGACCCAGCUCACCAACAUGAGCGACGCUUCUCACACGGAAAGCGACGGCCUCAAGUCGAGUGCAUCGACCGUCCAGCAGCAAGCUACGCCCAAGGCCUCGCUCUCUGCUGUGUCCAAUGUUUCCAACGCGUCUGGUGCCGACCCUUCGCAACGAGUCCAGCAGCAGCAAAAGUCGCAACAGUCGCAACAGCGUUCGCGCGCAGCAGCAGCGGCCACUCCGGUCAAAAGCUCAAACGCCCCUUUCAACGAGGCUCGAUUGCGCUACCACCUCGGUGCUGUGGACCAGUCGGCCCUGACCUCUCGAUCGCCCAUCGACGUGCUCAAAGAGGUGCAACGCGUGCUGUACGAGAUGGGCAUCGACACGCGCAACGAGAAGGACGAAGACUUCAAGUUGGAAUGCGUGCGUCGCAAGCGGGCCAAAACGCUGAUGAGCGCCACGCAGGGCAUCGGCAUGAGCAUUCGCAGUUCGGUCUUCCCACCAACGCAGGCCGACGUCGAGCGAUCUUCGCGCAUGAGCCACCGCGAUUCUCUGACGCCGAGUGCCAGCACGCCCGGUGGAGGAUCGCUGCGCAGCUUCCUCAAGCGUGGAUCGCUGCAACCGGGCGCCACCAGUCCCAAAAUGGGCUCGUCAACGGCGCUGCCUUCUUCAUCGACGGUGGCCAGCAACUUGGUGGUGCAGGACGAGAACCAGCCUCCUCCUUUGUAUGGCGAUGCGUCGGUCGAUGGGGGGCAGGAGAUCCGGUUUUCGGUUGAAGUGACGCGCAUCAAGAACCUGCCGGGUUUGUACAGCUUGGACAUUCGCAGGAUGAAGGGCAACCUGUGGGCGUACAAGUUUGUCUAUCAGGCUCUACUCGAUCGGUGUCACCUCGGAAGCAGUGUUGCUGCCUGA